AUGGAACUGGAAGGGCGAGAAAAUUCUACCUCUGUUGUGCUUGUUGAAGUGAAGAAGAAAAAGGACGUCCAGUUUUGUGAAAACACGAGGAGUGUAAUGGAGGCGAACUUCAUGGCCAAACUAGACACAACACCACAAAAAGCUUUGUUACAGUCUCAACGACAGCAGCUUCUCGUUAGCCCUAAAGAUCUCCCGACCGUUCCAGCAUGGAAGAAGGUACGUGGACCUCCGAAAAGUUUAAAGAAGGAUGAAGAAAAGGAACCAGUAAGAUCAGUCCUCGUGCAACUACUGAAAAUAGGAAACUCUGGCGGCGACAAUGAAGUGGCAAAAUUAAGUACAGAGAAGACUGCCGGUGCCGCUCAAGAAACUCUGUCAAUACUUUUUCGUUUUCCACGUCUUUUCAAUACCAUUUUAGGUGGCUGGUUUGACAUCAAAGAUAUGUGCGAAUUCUUCGACAAACUUCAAGUUUUUUACAACCCCAGGAACUUGACACUUCUUGAAACACUCACAGUGGUUAAUAAUACUGGAAGAGAAAUUGUAGCGGCUGAAGAGAACUACCUCUUUGUGGACAGUCUGGAUGACAUUGAAGUGCUCAUUGAUUUUCACUUCACCGAAAGCAGAAUCCUGGGUGAAUUAAAUACAACGGCCAGAAUCGAACCCACCGAUUGGCUGUCACCGCAUCGGCAUCCACCAAUCGCGACACUGCCAGCCGAUAAUCUCCAAUCAUUGAGCUUGAGGUUGUCACGAGGCCGCCACUGCUAUCGCAUCUUCCUUGAAACCCCACUGGCCGCUUCCUUAACUCUCUUCGUCCCAUAUGCCAAUCGGGAAAGGACGACCUUUGUACUUGGGCCGAUGGAAAUCUGCUUGCAGGAGGCAGCAAGAGCACCCCUACAAAAGGUUCACAAUGGUCGUCAACUUAUUGGCAAAUUUUGUGACAUUGCACGAGGCUUCAUUGAUGCGGUUGAAAAGAAUGAAUCAACGGCGGAUUGCUACUUAAACUCCAGAGAUUCUUUCGCAACUUUUUCGGAAAAAAUUUUCCUUCAGAAGUCAGUGGGAACUCUUCAAAGGGUGAUUCGCCAAAAUAUAGCAAGAUUGAUUUCAAAGCACAGUGCCAACAAAGUGCUAACCGAAAUUUCAGACGCUAAAUUUGGUUGGAAAGUCAUGGUCCUUGAUCCAGAAGAUGAACUUCAAGUGGACAAUAUCAGAGACAGAGAGAUAUCACCAGACAUCCAACGUACCGUCAGGGGGCUGAAGUAUCUUCUAGACUGUCUCAAUGAGGCGACAGACUCAGAGAAGGUAACUCUCCUUCAAAGUAUCCAACGCCAACUUGGAUGUCCCUAUUUGCCCAGUGAUGCAAAUUUCUUCACUUUGCGAAUGCAAGCAGGCAACUUUUCAGAAGUCUCAGUUAAAUCUGUUGGAUGCAUAUGGUGUGCGCCCGCAAAUUACGUCCAAUCAGACAGUAGGAAGCAGUGUUUAAGUCCGAUUUUCCAUCAAAAGAUUCAUGUUCCUGAGGGGUCGGCGCGAAUUCGGUUCCAUAUAGAAAGCGAUGAAGGAGUUGCACAAGUUACUGCUAUUGACAACGAUUCAGUUGCCUACGUCCUCUCGGAAGAUAGCGUCAAUUCCAAUUCGAGGUGGCGAUUUUCUUGCCUUUAUGAGGGUUGGAGAGAAAUAAAUUUCUCCAAUGUGCAUUCAACUUUUGCAUUCUGGGAGGCCAACGGAGUGUUGGAAGCCGAUGAAGACGGUCUGCUCUGUCGGUUCUCGUUAGAUGUUAUGCUUCGUCAAGUCGUAAGCGUGAUCUUGAAUAUUAGCGGUUCCACCACCCCUGCACGGCUAAUUCUGCGGUCCAAAGAUGGAAACGAACUUGCCAAUGCCCAUGAAGAAUCAGGAGGGAUGCAUGUGAUGCCAGGCCUCCUUCUUGGACCGGACUCGAAGUUGGAAGAUGGCGGUUACACUAUGAAAUGCAAAUUUUUGAGUGCGAGCCUCGAAAAUCAAGAGGGUGCUGAAUCUUCAACAUCAUCGGAACGGUCGCAUAAUCAGGAUGAAUGCAAAGAGCUGAGUAUAGAGACAAAGACUGACACGGGCUGCGGCUACAUUCUUGAGGCCUACGUGAAGGGGAGUGAACUGCACCUAGCAGAGGAGGAAGUGUCGAUGAUGGCGGCAAUAAAGAAGGCGAGAAUGAACGAAAUGAGAGUGGACUACGAGGAGAAAUCGUGUGCAGGAACAAGUGACCCAGACUUGCACAAAGCAAAGGCUAGAGGUGGUCCAGUCAAAAAAGUUCUCGCGAAGGAGCACCAAACCCUUCCAAGCUGGACGUGUAGAGUCUAUUUUGAUGCAUUGAAUCCUGAGUCAGUUUCCCUCAAGCCUUAUGGACUAACACCUGCGGAACUGAGGGCAGCAAAGAGGUCAUGGCUUGGUGAAAAUCCAAGCCUUCGUUUGGAGGAAGCUCAAAUGUUGCGCCAGGCCUACAUUCUCACUGAAAAUGAGAGCGACUUGAUCAAAACGGUCAGCCUCGCUGCUGAUGGUACAGGAAAGGCUGAUUUCUGCAUUCCAGAGGUCGAUGAAGAUGAAAACGCGGAACUGGUGGAACUUUUAAGUUGUACCUACACCGAGGAACAUCAAAAUGCUUUAAAAGCAUCACCAGAUACAAAUGGAACUAGCUUAAUGCAUUGCAAUGAAGAGAAUAUUCAGAAAGAAAUAUGGGGUUUGGUGCAUUUGGCUGAAGAAAAUCAAGUAGAGCGCUUUUUGGAAAAAAACUUUAUCAUUAGUCGUAAAAUGGAGAUGCGAAAGUUGCUAACUCGAGGAUAA